AUGUACAGCCAAGUGGAGCAUCCCGCGGGAGGCUACAAGAAGCUCUUUGAGACGGUGGAGGAGCUGUCCUCUCCGGUAACCGCCCACGUCACAGGCAGGAUCCCCACCUGGCUCAGGGGGAGCCUCCUUCGCUGCGGGCCCGGCUUGUUCGAGGUCGGGGCAGAGCCCUUCUACCACCUCUUUGACGGCCAGGCACUGCUGCACAAGUUUGACUUCAAGGAGGGGCACGUCACCUACCACCGCAGGUUUGUUCGGACUGAUGCUUAUGUGAGAGCAAUGACGGAGAAGAGGAUUGUGAUAACCGAAUUUGGCACCUACGCCUACCCGGAUCCAUGCAAGAACAUUUUCUCCAGGUUCUUCUCCUACUUCAAAGGCGUGGAGGUCACCGAUAACGCCCUCGUUAACGUCUACCCCGUUGGCGAGGAUUACUACGCCUGCACCGAGACCAACUUUAUAACCAGAAUUAACCCGGACACUUUAGAGACGAUUAAGCAGGUGGAUCUCUGCAAGUACGUCUCUGUCAAUGGGGCGACGGCACAUCCCCACGUUGAGAACGAUGGGACGGUUUAUAACAUCGGCAAUUGCUUUGGAAAAAAUUUUUCGCUUGCCUACAACAUAAUACGGAUUCCCCCACUCCAGGCAGACAAGGAGGACCCGAUGAACAAGGCGGAGGUGGUGGUGCAGUUUCCUUGCAGCGACAGAUUUAAGCCCUCCUAUGUUCACAGCUUCGGACUGACCCCAAACUACAUCGUGUUUGUUGAAACCCCAGUGAAAAUCAACCUGCUGAAGUUCCUCUCCUCCUGGAGCCUGUGGGGAGCCAACUACAUGGACUGCUUCGAGUCCAACGAGACCAUGGGGGUCUGGCUUCACGUGGCAGAGAAGAAAAAAGGGCGGCUCCUCAAUAUCAAGUACCGCACCUCAGCCUUCAACCUCUUCCAUCACAUUAACACCUACGAAGAUAACGGAUUUCUCAUCGUCGAUCUCUGCACCUGGAAGGGGUUCGAGUUCGUUUACAACUACCUCUAUUUAGCCAAUUUGCGGGCGAACUGGGACGAGGUGAAGAGGCAGGCGGAGAAGGCGCCGCAGCCCGAAGCCCGCAGAUAUGUGCUGCCCCUCAACAUUGACAAGGCUGACACGGGCAAGAACUUGGUCACCCUGCCCUACACGACAGCCACAGCGACCCUGCGCAGCGACGAGACCAUCUGGCUGGAGCCAGAAGUUAUUUUCUCAGGCCCGCGCCAUGCCUUUGAAUUUCCACAGAUCAAUUACAAGAAAUACGGUGGGAGACCGUACACGUACACAUACGGGCUUGGACUGAAUCACUUUGUUCCAGACAGGCUUUGCAAGCUGAAUGUUAAAACAAAGGAGACCUGGGUGUGGCAGGAGCCAGAUUCAUACCCCUCAGAGCCCAUCUUCGUUUCACAUCCGGAUGCCCUGGAGGAAGAUGACGGGGUCGUGCUGAGCAUCGUGAUCAGCCCCGGCACAGGGCCGAAGCCCGCCUACCUCCUGAUCCUGAACGCCAAAGACAUGAGCGAAGUUGCCCGGGCUGAGGUGGAGGUGAACAUCCCCGUGACUUUCCACGGACUCUUCAAAAGAGCAUGACUGCUGCCUGCACCUUGGUGCGUUAGGUUUCUUCCAGCUUUGAAAAGGUGCAGUUGCCAUUUGCAAGCACACCAAAAGUGACACUGAAGGAAUUUAGGUCAUUUCUUUGUAUGGCUAUUU